GGCUGAUUGGCUGAUGUACCUCAAGGUCAUCGAUGUGGUUGAGUUGCCAACGUAAUAUGAACCCUCACUCCGCUAUCAGGAAGAAAGGUUCAGGUACUUUGAUCGGUUGUUAUAGGCGAGUUCAGAAAAAUCCAUCACUAACUUAGUCCCCACACAUUGAACACUCGGAUGUGUUAGCGUCCUUAAAAAGGCAUAAGUUAGCAGCUUGGGUACAAUAUUCCAGGUGAUGUUUCAUAUAAGCAGGGUAUAAAAUCUGAAACAAAGCAUCUGAAAUUUCGGGAAGAUAAUCAUAACACUCGCAACAUUUGAAAGCUGGUACAUCCAUCUCCAAACCUAAAUUUUGGGACCAUCCAACUAACUCGUCUAAAUCAGCUCGGAGAUCAAGAUGAUCAGUAUCACUACGUAUUGUUCUCCAGACUUUGUCAUCCGCAACAUCAUGAAUGCAACUGUUAAAAGACCGCUUGGGUUAUUGAUCUUAUUGUUUUGGAGUUACUUCUUCACUUCGCUAGCUCGGAGAGCCAUACAGAAUAUAUAUCCUAUAAUUCCAGUACAAUAUAAAGGAACGAAAUCAAAUACUCAUUUAGGUUCCAUAAUUACUGCUCAAACCUUGGGUUAUACAGUUACCAAAUUAAUUGGUGGGAUUCUUAUGGAUCACUUAAAUCCACUUCGAAUUUUUGUUUACUCUCUGAUUUCAGCCUCAGGUUCACUGUUUCUUCUAUCAGUUUCAUCUCAUCAAAUAGUCUGGUUAGUAUCCUAUGGAUUAAUCGGCUUAGCACUUGGUUCUAGUUGGCCAGCCAUAUCAAAGACACUUCGUACCUCUGUGGCUUCUCAUGAAUUAGCCACUUGGUGGGGAUUAAUAUCAUCGUCUUCUAACCUAGCUGGUUGUAUGGGUUCUUGGAUAUCUAUCGUUAUUUCUUCGUAUGCAACAAUAUUUCUCGGUGAUUUAGCAUGGAGAGCUCCGUUCAUUUUUGUUGGAGCAUGUUGCAUAAUAUCAGCUUUACUUCUCAAUAUUUAUCUGCGUUCGCGAACCAUUGAUACUCUUAAUAAAGUCAAUUCUAAAACUAUACCAACCAAAUAUUUUAGUCCUUCUGAAAUAACAUCAUCUAACCAAUUAUUUGGGAAGCAUCUCAACUCAGAUGUAAAACACAGAGGCUGUGAUGAUACUUGUCAAAGUCUAAUGUCCACUUCAAAAUUGGGUCAAAACAGUUAUGAUACAAGUAAUCAAGAAAAGUGUUGUAAUGAAAAAACUAGCCGAUUAUCUAACAACUGUCAAGAUAAAGAUUUUACUGAAAAUCACGAUAAUGGCGUGACAAUUCAACCCAUUAAAGUGAAUAUUAUUAAUCAAAUAUCAAAAUUGUUUCGUAUUUUAAGCCCAAGACAACGUUUAUUGUUGGGUACCUCCGCUAGUGUUCACAUGUGCAGUACAUUUUUACGUUAUGCAAUAGGCGAUUGGAUUGCAAUUAUGCUUUUGAAUAAUAAACAUGGUUACUCACAAAGUACCGCUUAUUUAGUUGCCAGUAGUUACGAAUUCGGUGGAAUAUUUGGGUCUAUGUUAGUUGGAAUAGUAGCUGAUUUGAAUGUGUUUUCUAGAGUUUUUUCAUGGCCUAGUCGUCGGAUUCCAUUAAUAAUUAUACAAAUGUUAAUUGCAAGUGGUACAUUAUGUUGUCUAAGUUGGAUUACCAAUCAUAAUGCUUCUUUAACUAUACUCCUCAUUAUCAGCUUGGUACUUGGUAUCACUGUUAUCGGGACAAUUGCUUUAUGUGGUGUUUUAGCUGUUGAACUUGCUCCACCUGCAUUUAGCGGUACUGCACAUGCGUUGAGUGCUUUGAUUGCGAAUUUUGGUGCUAUAUUGGCUGGUUACCCAUUUGCUUUGUUGGCUGAACAUAUCAACUGGUCUGGUGCCUUUCUUGUAGCUGGGAUAGUAUGCGGAUUUUCAGUUAUUCCACUUUCAUGCUUUUGA